AUGUCUGCCGUACGAGCUCAAAAAUCCGGCCUCGCCCUUGAGGCCCAGCAGAAGAUCCACGGAAAAUACGACGAGGCACUUGCCCAUGAGAUCUUGGAGUGGGUUCGAGAAGUAACUGGCGAGGAUAUCGACACCGCAGGCCGCGCCGAAAACCUUUGUGCGCUCUUCAAGGAUGGACAUCUCCUCUGCAAACUAGCCAAUGCCCUCGAGAGCGGCGCGAUCAAGAAGGUGAACACGAGCGCGAUGGCCUUCAAGCAGAUGGAGAACAUUUCCUUCUUUUUGGCGUUUGCUGAGAAGCACGUGCACAAGACCGAACUGUUCCAGACUGUGGACCUCUACGAGGGACAAGAUCCCAACGCCAUCGUCACGUGCCUGUCCUCGCUGGCCAGGAAGGGCGACAAAUUCGGAAAAGCAUCGCUCGGACCAAAGGAGGCCGAGGGUGAGAAACGCGAAUGGAGCAAUGAACAGAUUCGAGCUGGUCAAGGAGUCAUCGGCCUCCAGAUGGGCAGCAACAAGGGAGCCACCGCGUCGGGCAUCAACUUUGGACAAACUCGCCAUAUUGGUGGAGUGGUGGGGCCGCGCGGAGGAGACAUGUUCUUCCACGCCACCUUAGCCCGCUCAUUCAUCAACGCCCUCUCACUCAGAGGUGAUGACGAUUUUGUGGAUCGACUCAACUACUAUUACACGCCGAUUAUGCUGAGCAUCGCCUGUCUUGUCAUAAGUGCGAAACAGUACGGCGGUACCCCAAUCGAAUGCUGGGUGAAUCCGCAUUCGCGUGAAAGUAUGGAGGAAUAUAUUGAGAGCUACUGCUGGAUACAAAAUACAUAUUGGGUGCCAAUGUAUGAGAAUAUUCCUGAUGACCAUACGGCACGUGAGGAACGCCAGAUUGGGUACUAUCAAUGGGUCCCAUUUAUUUUAAUCGCCGAAGCUUUGAUGUUUUCACUGCCGUGCAUAUUUUGGAGGCUUUUGAGCUGGCAGUCAGGCCUAAAUAUUCAACACCUAAUCAAUGCCGCCUGCGAUAUCCAAGCCAUCGUCGAUCAUUCGCAACGCGAAAAAGCGAUAGAAUCCCUCUCCGCCAGCUUCAUCGACACCAUCGAUCUACAGGGUUCUGGCCGUGAUGUCGUCCCCCGAAGUCUCCUCGGCCGUAUGAAGUGUAAUCGUCUAUUCUCUGGCCACUACGUUUCCGUAUUAUACGUGGUGACGAAGGCGUUAUACGCGUUGAACAUUGCCCUCCAAUUCGCCAUCCUGAAUGCGUGCCUCAAAAAUGAUCAAUUUGUGCUGUUUGGAUUUCAGGUAUUAAACGAUUUGAUCGCCGGAAAACCAUGGACCGAAACCGGCCAUUUCCCCCGGGUGACACUUUGUGAUUUUGAAGUACGAUAUUUGGCGAAUCUGAAUCGAUAUACGGUACAAUGUGCUCUUCUGAUCAAUAUCAUCAACGAGAAAAGUGCUGAUAAGAGGAAAGAGAUGAAAUUUGUUGAGCCGAAUAAGGUACAACCGGCGGACCGUAUCUUCUCGGUGAUCCCAUUUGCUCCACAGCUUCUCGAUCGUUUCGUUGGCGAAUUUCUGCGAGCCGACGGAGUGUUUAUCCUGCGAAUGAUGGCGAAUCACGCCGGGGAUUUGGUCGUCGUGCAAGUGCUGAAAUGUCUGUGGCAGGAAUUCCGCGAGCGAAACUGGCGCGAGUUCGAGGAGUUCGAGGAGAUGAAGGAGCAACACUUCCGCAUGCAGCGGCAAACUUUGGCAAACCCUCGUGUCGUGACAAUAAUGGCGGAAAGUGGGCCAAAGAGUGACAGCUCCCAUUUCAUA